CCCAGGACCCUGGGAUCAUGACCCGAGCCGAAGGCAGAGGCUCAACCCACUGAGCCCCCCAGGCGCCCUGGAUUUACGCGUUGUAAACAACGUCUCGGUCACACACAGAACUCACUUUUUUGCUGUGAGCACUGUGAGUUUAUAGACAGACGCAGAUGCGUGGCCACAAUCCCAGGUCCGACAGUGGCCGCGUGCCCUUCUGCUGGCCGCCAAGCCUACCCACCCCCCCGCCCGCCACCGCCGAGCAGCUUCCUGUUCCUGGGCACUUGCGAAUUCUGGAAGGUUCUAGAAAGGCAUCCCCAUCUGUAGUCUUCCUGACAAGGCCUCUCUCACCCAGGAACCGAUGGGGAUUUUCCAAGCGCGUUACCUGAGCGGAUGGUUUGCUCCUUCCACGCCCUCCUGCCACGGACGGUUUGUCAUCCACGUGGCCGUGGGGGACACGUGGUGCUUCUGCUUCCGGGUAGAUUUGAAUAAAGCCCUCCAAACCCCUACGCGCAGGAGUUUUUUCCAAUUUUUCAUUUUUCUCAUGUAAACACUGAUUGUUAAAUUGUCCGGGAAAUGAGUGUGUCCCUUCCUGAGAACCCACCACAGGGUUCCCAGGGCCCCGGCCCCGCGUUCUGAUGCCUGGGCAGCGAGGACUUGGGCACGGCGACCCGCAGCCCUAGAGCUGGGGCGUGUCUCGGAGCGGCCUCGCCUUGCCCGUCCGUCCCUUGACUCACGGACGCGUUUUCCCAUGUUUGUUUUCCACCUGGACGUCGUCUUUGGUGAAGUGGCUUUUCAAAUCUUUGCUCGUUUUUUUUUUUAAAGUUGAAUUGCUUGUUUUUCUUAUCAUUGCAUCUGGAGAGUUCUUCGUAGAUUCAGGAUUUAAGUCCUUUAUCAGAUGCACGUUCUGUAAACAUGGGACCUGGCGGGGAGCUGGGGUGCCCUGAAUCCCAGCGCAGGCGGCCCUCAGAAGCCCCCUCCUCCCCUCCCUCCCCGCUGGGGGUGAGGCUCUCUCGGGCCCUGUAGGCCCCUCCACGCCGAGCCCUUGGCAGCGCUGGCCUUGCCCGGGCCGCCCGCCCCCAAUCAGAGGUGUCUGGGUCGUGUGCCCCAAGGCCAGCAGGUAGUCCUCCCGUGGAGGGCGCCAUCUGCCUGCACAGGAGAGGUCACGCGGGAGGCCUGGCCAGUGAGCCCCCAGCAGCCCAGGGUGCCGCCCUGGCGACACUCGGGCCCGCAUGCUUAUGCAACCUUUGAUAAGACAUUUGUGACGCCAUAAUCCACCCUAAGCGGCGGCUCAGCUCCGCCCUCCAGACCGGCCCCGAGACCCGGUGCGUGGCAGUGGGGCCUAGAGUGAGGGGUUACCCAGGCCUCUGAUGUCCCCUCCGUCACAGCUGGGCUGACCCAUGGUGACUCCACUCUUGUGUGUGGUGUGUGGGGGACUAUGGACAAGUGAGGACUUUGGGGACCCAGACCCUGGGUAGGGCCCGUGAGCUGGAGCACCCCCAUGUGCCCCGGGCCCCCGGCCCCAGCCAGUCUAGAGGUGGACGGAGGUCAAGGUGAGGUCUCUGCUUGGUCCUCGGCGACGGGCUGGCAGGUGCGGAUCGGAGAGGUCCUGCUGCUGCUCUGGGUGUCCGUGGCUGGGGCCGAGGUUCUGCUGCAGCCAGAUUUUGAUGCCAAGAAGUUCUCAGGCCUCUGGUACGUGGUCUCCAUGGUCUCCGACUGCAAGGUCUUCCUGGGCAAGAAGGACCACCUGCUGAUGUCCACUAGGACCAUCGAGGCCAUGGCGGGGGGCAACCUCAGUGUCCACAUGCAGUUCCCUCGGGCUGACGGCUGUCACCUGCUGGACGCCGAGUACCUGAGGGCCGGCUCCGAGGGCCACUUCAGAGUCCCAGCCCUGGGCUACCUGGACGUGCGCGUCGCGGACACGGACUACAGCUCGUUUGCCGUGGUCUACAUCUACAAGGAGCUGGAGGGAGCCCUCAGCACCAUGGUGCAGCUCUACAGCCGGACCCAGGAAGCAAGUCCCCAAGCUGUGAAGACCUUCCGGGACUUCUACCCCACGGUGGGGCUCGCGGACGACAUGAUGGUCAUGCUGCCCAAGUCAGACGCGUGCUCCUCUGGGGACAAGGAAGCUCCCUGACACCUGUGGAGACCCACCUCAGCCCUUCCCAGGGCGAGCUGGAGCAGCAGACCUUGUCGUGCGGAGUUGUCCGGACCCACCGUCCUCCUGGGUCACCCCCUCCUCCCCAACCCUGGGCCUCCCUCUUCCCCUCAAUAAACAUAUUCUGC